CGUCCUCCCAAGAUGGCGGAGAGAGAGUGAAGAAACUGUUUCUCUUGGGCGGCUACCGAUCAAGGGUACAAUUCCAUUCUGAUAUCAAAAUGCAGUAUUCACACCACUGUGAGCACCUUUUAGAGAGGCUGAAUAAACAACGGGAAGCAGGAUUUCUUUGUGAUUGUACCAUAGUGAUUGGAGAAUUCCAGUUCAAGGCGCAUAGGAAUGUGCUGGCCUCCUUUAGUGAGUACUUCGGUGCGAUCUACAGAAGCACUUCUGAGAACAAUGUUUUUCUUGAUCAGAGUCAGGUGAAGGCUGACGGAUUUCAGAAACUGUUGGAGUUUAUAUAUACAGGAACUUUAAAUCUCGACAGUUGGAAUGUUAAAGAAAUUCAUCAGGCCGCUGACUAUCUCAAAGUAGAAGAGGUAGUAACUAAAUGUAAAAUAAAGAUGGAAGAUUUUGCUUUUAUUGCUAGUCCCUCUUCUACAGAAAUAUCUAGUAUUACUGGAAACAUCGAAUUGAAUCAACAGACCUGUCUCCUUACUCUGCGAGAUUAUAACACUCGGGAGAAAUCAGAAGUCUCCACAGACUUAGUUCAGGCAAAUCCGAAACAACGGGCAUUGACAAAGAAAUCAUCUCAAAGUAAAAAGAAGAAAAAGGCUUUCAAUUCCCAGAAACCAGGACAGAAUAAAGCAGUGCAUUACUCGAGUGAUGGUUUAGAGAGUGCAUCUGUUGAGUUAUUCCUAGACACAAGUAAGCUGUCCUCACCUGUAGUUGAACAAGUUGUCCGAGGAAGUGAUAAUUCAGAACUCGAGUUGACCUCAGUUGUGGAAAAUACUUUUCCAGCACAAGAUAGUGUGCAAACUGUUACAGUCAAACGGAAACAUGGAAAAUCACAGUCACAUUGUGCUCUGAAAGAACACUCCAUGUCUAAUAUAGCCAGUAUAAAGAGCCCAUAUGAGCUAGAGAAUGCUGGGGAGGAGCUGGAUCCACGGUACUCCAAGGCCAAGCCAAUGUGUAACACAUGUGGAAAGGUGUUCUCCGAAGCCAGCAGCCUGAGAAGGCACAUGAGAAUACAUAAAGGAGUCAAACCUUAUGUCUGCCACUUGUGUGGAAAGGCAUUUACCCAGUGCAACCAGCUGAAAACACACGUAAGAACUCACACAGGGGAAAGGCCAUACAAAUGUGAACUGUGUGAUAAAGGAUUUGCUCAGAAAUGCCAGCUGGUCUUCCAUAGUCGGAUGCAUCAUGGUGAGGAAAAACCCUAUAAAUGUGAUGUGUGCAAUUUACAGUUUGCAACAUCUAGCAAUCUCAAGAUUCAUGCAAGGAAGCACAGUGGAGAAAAGCCAUAUGUUUGUGAUAGAUGUGGGCAGAGAUUUGCCCAAGCCAGCACACUGACCUAUCAUGUCCGUAGGCAUACUGGAGAAAAGCCCUAUGUGUGCGACACCUGUGGGAAGGCAUUCGCUGUCUCCAGUUCUCUUAUAACUCAUUCUCGGAAACAUACAGGUGAAAAACCAUACAUAUGUGGUAUUUGUGGGAAAAGUUUUAUUUCCUCAGGAGAGCUCAACAAACACUUUCGAUCCCAUACAGGAGAACGACCAUUUAUCUGUGAAUUAUGUGGAAAUUCUUAUACAGAUAUUAAAAAUUUAAAGAAGCAUAAAACAAAGGUCCAUUCUGGUACAGAUAAAGCCCCAGAUUGCAGUACAGAUGACCAUGCUGUAAGUGAACACGAUUCCCUACAGAGAAGUCCUUUGUCAGAAACGCUAGAUGUGAAGCCUUUUGAUAUGACUCUACCCUUAGCACUCCCACUUGGAACUGAGGACCACCAUAUGCUCCUGCCUGUCACAGACAGUCAGUCUCCUCCGUCAGAUACACUGCUGAGGUCAACUGUGAAUGGAUAUUCAGAACCACAGUUGAUUUUUUUACAACAGUUAUAUUGACUUUGAGGACAUGAAAUUGCUAAGACAUCCCUGGCAGUAAACAUUAACAUCUCUGGUAAGGUGCAUAUUCAUAUUAGUCCCCAUUCAUUUGACCAUUGUUUCUUACUCACGGAAGUAAAGGCACCUGAUACUGCAUCUGUCAGUGCUUGUUUGGAUUGUUUGCUAUUUUGUAAACAGUCAGCCUCUCAAGGAGCGACUUCCACUGUGCUAGCACUGUUUUGGGUAGGUAAGUUUUACACACUGUUAAAGCUGCCUUAAUUCCAUUUUUGUUUUGCAUUUUAGACUUAUUUGUUCUUAAGGUAGAAUCUGACCUGUGGAGUUUUUUGUUGUUCUCUCCUCACCAUUUAAGCAAAAUCUACAGUAAUAUCAACUUCAAAGCAUUUCUGUUUGUAAACCUUGUGGACCAGUAUGUAAACGUUGGGGGGAUUAAAUUUCAUAUUUAUGUCUAUGAAAAUGUAGAUAUUAAGGAAGAAUUGUGCUAUUUAUUAAUAUAUUCCUUUAGAGGUAACUUUUCUAGUGAAGCCAAAAGAAGUAUUUCUCUUAAAACCCAGAAAAAUGUAUGUAAAUUUUUGUUCAUUUAGAAUGAAUUCAGUAUUCUGAAGGAAACCAGUAGUCAGAUCAAUUUUUGUUUUGAGUUAAGACUAUAUUUUUUUAAAUAGAUAUUUGGUGUUUUUAAGUGGUCAAAAGACAGUUUUGGGAUUUGAUUCAUUUUAUAUUUUAUUAGAUUUGUAGAUUAUUGGAAGUGACUAUAUAACAGGUUUUGAAAAUUUUUGAUAAGCCUAUCUUGUAUCAGUUAUGCACUUUUUAAAAUAAAUAUUUUAAAAAAUUUUUAGAUAUAAAAUACAUACUAGAAAUCACUUGGCUUCUAAAUUUGAUAUAUUACAUAGAAAAAUCAAGAAACUUGAGUAGCAUGCCUGAGGCAACACACAUACACACAAAGAGAAUUAAUAGCCCAACUUCAGUUGUAAGCUACACUUUUGGAUUAUCAGUUUGUUUACCAUUUUAUAUUUGAGUUUUCUAUAAGAAUGGGUUUUUAAAUUUUAUGAAUUAAACUGCAACUUUGACUGUUGGCUGUAGCUUUAUAGUUGUCCUUUCCAUCCCAGAUGGGUGUGGAGAGCUCAGUGUCGCCCGUCCUUGGUGCUUGCUGCUCCUCUUCCCAUCUCACUGUUCCCCUGCACCGUCAUUUAUUUUACUUUGCGUUUUAAGUUAUCAGCUUCAGAGAGUCAGUUUCCAUAGCACUGAUGAAAAUUGUGCUGAGUAUUUCUAUUUUCUGCCAUGAAUUAGUUAUGUCUUACUUGUUUUCAUGAUUUAAACUACACUGAAAUAAAUUUGAUGUAUUUAUUGAUACUGAA